GCAACCGCGAGCGCGACGAUGCGUAAUUGGGGAACAUGUGCAAUCGUGCGUGCGGGCGGUUGAGUGCAUCCGCGGAGAGUGUGUCUCGCGCUCGAGCGUUUAUUUGACCGAGGCGGACCGAGGUUUCGUGUGCCGAGGCCGAGAACGGUCUCGGUCCUUCGUUGAGAUAUCGCGCCGCGUGUCGUAACCGCGAUACGUCGCGACUGCGUCGUCGCGGAUCGUGAUUUGAAUGCCGUCUGCGUCUGCUUCGGCUGUGUGAUCGCCACUCCGUUCGAGGAUACUCCGCGAUUUCAUGCACUACGGCUGAACAUCGUGAGUGGCGAAGCUCGGUAACGGUUCGUUGGCGCAAAUUGUAACGGUAGCCAAAAUGCUCCUGUUGUUUCCGUCGGUAUUCUCGCUUCGAAAAUAAAACUGCAGCGAGCAUUUCGAGCGUGCGUGUACGUGCGGUGACCUCGAGAUGCCGUCGGUACGCGUCGGUGUCCUGCAAAAAAGCAUCGGAAUAUCAAAAGUGCGAAGCUUUGGUCCGGCCUGCGAUUCUUAGCGUCACGUGAUCAGACCUAUUGGCGGGAAUGGCAUCUUGAACGCGUCACGUGAUCCUCGGUUGACGAAUCGCCCGCCCGUUUUCUCGGACAUCGUCCGUUUUUCGCGGUUUUUAGUGUGACCUUCGUGUGCGUGUUGUUGUUGUGCCGAGAUCGUCGCGGAGGCCCACGUCUGCAAUUUCGCGUUCGGAUUCCGGGGACGCUGCUCGUUGCGAUAUGUCGUGCCCGUGAAAUCGUGUGACCGUGGCCUUGUCGCACUCAUCGCUCGCGGCCUGCGUGCAACCUCGAAAUGCGACGCCGGCGAGACGUGAGGUUAUGACGCGAGGAUGUGGCCCGUUCGCCUCUGGAUCAUUCUAUCGGCGGCGGAUGACGCCAUCGGACGAUCUUGCGGAAGGAAGUACGCGGAAGAGAGAGGAAUGAGGAGAUUCACCCGGUGACCUCGUGCCGCGCGCGGUAAUGCUACUGGCAAACGGUGCCUCUAUACCGACCAUCGCCGGCGCUGUCGAGGAGGAGGAGGAGUACGCACGCAGCGAGGCGAACAGCGUGCAGUACGAUGGAUACAUUACUGAUCAUACCGAUCUGGCCUCGGAAGUCGAUAUCGACGAAUCCGAAUACAGGCGGGAGCUGCUUAAUGAUAAAUGGCGAAUGCUCUUCGAUAAGUUUGAUCCGGAGGGUUUUGGAGAGAUACCGCUGGAGGACUUUCUGACAGCCUUGAGAAGCCCUGAAUGGAAGGCGGAGAUACCGACGAACAAACGUGACAUACUUCUAACCAGGGCGAAAGAGUCAGGUAUUGAGGCAAUCACUUUCCAGGACUUCGUCAAUGUGAUGAGUGGAAAACGGACCAGAAGCUUUAAGUGCGCCGUGCACUAUCGGGACCGUGAGGUCUGGUCCGAGAACGAUUUUCACCUGCUCGUGCAUGAACCGCCUCUAUUUCGCAGGAUGGUCCGCAUGAUCGGCGAUGAAUUCCUCACGGAGGAGCGGGACCGAAAGUACUACGCCGAUCACUACACAUGCUGUCCACCACCACUCUUCAUCAUCCUCAUCACCCUCGUGGAGCUGGGUUUCUUCACAUACUAUACAGUAGCGAUGGGUGAGGUGAAUCCUUCCGGCCCGGUGCCGAUCGACAGUGUAUUCAUUUACAGACCAGACAAGCGGCUCGAGCUCUGGAGGUUUGCCUUCUACAUGUUCCUGCACGCUGGGUGGCUUCACCUGCUGUUUAACCUGGGGGUACAGGUGGUCGUGGGACUUCCCUUGGAAAUGGUUCACGGAAGCCUGAGGAUCGCCGCGGUUUACAUGGCCGGGGUUCUUGCCGGUUCGCUGGGCACGUCGGUAUUCGACACGGACGUUUACCUCGUCGGGGCGAGCGGGGGCGUUUAUGCUCUUCUGGCAGCGCAUCUAGCCAACGUCCUUCUCAACUAUAACAAUAUGGAGUUCGGAAUAGUUCGGCUCAUCGGUAUCUUCGUCAUCGCUAGCGCCGACGUGGGUUUCGCGAUCUACGACAGGUAUGCCGCGGAGCAGAUGGGCCCGCCGGUGUCGUACGUCGCCCAUCUGACGGGCGCACUGGCGGGCCUAACGAUUGGCCUCUUGGUACUGAAGAACUUCGAGCAACGGCUGCACGAGCAGUUACUCUGGUGGGUUGCCUUGGGCGUUUACGCCGCCUGCACGAUCUUCGCGAUCAUGUACAAUCUGAUGCAUCCCGACUAUCCAUGACGCGAGGUCAGCUUCGCGUACGGCCAGCCGAGGCACACGUAACGCGAAGCUGAUCGCCCUUGGAAGAAAAAGAAGAAGAAAAGGAAGAAGAAACGAAGGAAAGGACAGGAGAGACCGUCGUCGCCGUCGGGCAAUGUCGAGGGAGAUUUUCAAGUAUCGCGGACUCUCGAUAACACGCUCGAUCGUGAACUAAAUCGUUCCCGAAGCGUCAAAAGCGAGGGUGACGUAAGAAACGAGAGUUUUACGACGGGAUUGUCAGCAAUCGAAGAACGUGACUUCGAUCAACUUCCGCGCGAAGAGGAUCGUGUAAUAGUCUCAUAGUAUAUAUUUUUUCUUCCAAGUCGGCCUGUUUGCGCGCGACAGUCGAAAGAAACGACAGAGCGCUGUCGAAAAGAAGCGAGACACGAGCGAAGAUAUAAUCUUAUUGAUUAUUAAUUAGAAAUUCUAAUGAGUAAGUUGUAAAUUUUGAUGAAGCGGUAGUGAUCGACAAAGACAAACGCGAUGUAUUCCUGCGAAAAGGAAGAAGGGUGCAGAAAAGAAGAAAAUUUAGCGAGUGUCCUUAUUAUUGUUUCAUUUUUUCCCGCUCGAUAAAGUAGAUUCUCGUCUGCUCCGCAAUCCCGUGGAAGCUUCUUAAACGCAAUGUCGGGAACUACUUCAUCACGAAGGAAUGCGAGCGAUUUUGUGAACGGUAUAAUCAUAAAAAAGAAGCAACUGUUGGGCUCGUGCUCUCCCUGCCAUCAGUGGAACGAGGAAAUGUCAUUGUUGCAAGAUGGUGGCAUCCUGGGCCACGAUAAAAUGUCUUCGCGUGUCGUUCUAGAGAGAACAACGGAACAUAGCGCACGGGAAAGUUACGGAUAAUAUUCUUCUUCUUCGUCGUUGUUGGUCUCCGGGAAAGAGGGAAGUCGCGUGAUCGCGAGACUAGUCGUUCAAUCCCGUGUCAUCGCGCACUCUUCCGCGUUCUAUAGAAAAACCAAAGACCCGAGGAUUACAACGAGGUCGGCCGGCCAUCCGGAAAAGGUCAAAUCUUUCAGAACGGGAGGCAUUUUUAUCCAAACUUGAACAAGAGAAAUUCUCUUUCAUAUGACGUUCGUUUAUUUCCGCGUAAUACUGGCCGCAGUCGUCCUCGGAAAAACCAAAGAAUCAUACUCGACUAUGUGGACAACACUCGCUGUCUUUUGUCGCGUUGCUGAAGAAAUUUCUUUGCUCGGUGACGAGAAGAAGAAAAAAAGGAAGAUGAUGAUAGAAAGAGAGGGAAAGAAAUUGGACAACAGCGAGGUAAAGCAACAGAGGAGGUAAAGAGGAAACGGGAGGACUUAAUGGAUCCUUCGCGGUCGAUGAAACAUCGUACAAAUGACCGCGACGGAGAGGUACGAAGAUGAUGAAACAAAAACCGCGCUCGAGAAAAUUGGUAACCAUCGACGUUCCUCUCGAAACCCUCUCGAAACAUUCGACUCGCGAGACGAAUUCGUGAACGUGGACGGAAACGUAGAGGAGCAGAAUGGCGACGAGUUUGAUGAUGAGGUGCUCGCGCCGACGAAAGAUUUUUUUUCGAUCGAGAUGAAUGAUUAGCCGCGAAGAGAUGUUACAGAGGAGAGACAGAUUACUAAUUAAUCGCUAAUUCGAUAGCGAUACUGCUAAUUACAUCGCGCAAGUAUUAGUGAAGUGUUCAUGGAAAGCAAUGUAUUAUUUAUUAAACGUGUAUAACGACUUUUUUUACAUUAUUAUAUUUGAUAGUUCCAUUUUUUGGUGGAGACGCUUCGAGUUGUGACGAAGCUGUGAAUUAAUUAGAAUUUGUUUCGUAUUUCUGAAACUUUUCUAAUCGAAUAAUUAGACUGUUUUCUAUAGAUGCUUCACAAAUAUGCACAAUUGUCGAGUUUAUGUAUUAUUCUUUAUAAUGUGUGUGAAUUUGCGAAGAAUCCUUCAACCAAAACGAAGAUACGCUGAUAUUCGGAUAUGCAUUAUCGCGCAGAUAGAUAGAUCGAUCACACAUAGGAAUGCAAAUUCAUUGAGUCAUAAAAAAAAAUUUAUCCGUAUAGCCGUUGCAUUUUUCUCGCGUCAUCCCACGUUAUAAAGUCUUCAGCAAACGACACAAUGUAUCUCGCGCAAAGAAAAAAGAAAUUCCAUUUUUGCGCUCGUGAAAAAAUCGAAACCACCUCGCGCGAGCACAGUGCGCCCUCGAAACGCGCGUUGUAUCAUUGUAAAGAAAUAAAUACUAUUUAAUAUUGCAAGAAGAUAAUAUUUCGAGAUAAGUAUUCGACUAUCAAAUGUGUACAUAAAUCAAACCAGCGUUCGCGCUUGGUUUCGAUGCGCACUGCUGUUUGCGCAGUCGUGAUUUUCGUGAGAGCUCUCCUUCCGCAUGAUGGAUGUAAUCACGCGCAAUGUAACGGCUAUCUAUGACAAAACAUACAUACCCGGCCGAUCUGUCGGUCGGUUUUCAGUCGCUAGUCCCCCACGCUUUUGAUAGCGACCGCUCGUUAACGUUCUCGCAAAAUCCCCCUGACGGCGCAUCUGCCUGCGCGCGCGAUCAUUAAUGCGCAUUAAUUGUACACCACUGUAAAUAGCUGUACAUAUAUAUACAUAAAAGUAUAGAGACUCUGUAUGUGUGUUUUGCGUGUGUGUAUGUGUGUGGGAGCGUUUCACACAAGUAAAAGGAGGAGGCGCGAGACUGAGC